AUGGCGACCGCGGCGCCGCCUCCCGCGGCGGCCGAACCCGCGGACGAGUUCGACGCCGUGGACGUCGAGGAGGGGCUGAGCAAGCCGCCCCCGCCUCCGACGCUGGAGCCCGAGGAGGCGGAGCACGUGCGAGGCGUCGUCGGGCGGUUGUUCGAGAAGCUGCGGCUGAUGAGCUUGCUGAAGGUCGAUCCGGGGAUGCAGGCGAGUGUUUCGUGGGAUCGCGUCGCGGCCGUCGUCGCGUGGUCGUCGUCGUCGUCGUCGCGGGCGAAUCGCGAAAUGCCGAAUUUAGACGCGGAUCGAUCGUGGAAACCAUCCAUUCAUCCAUCAUCUCUGACCGCCCGUCCCCCCCUCUCCCUCCCGUACACGCGCUUCGCACAGGCCGCGGAGAUGUCCCGCGGCGUCGGCCUCGAGAUAUCCAGGGUCAUGGAGAAGCAGCUCGCGCUCGAGACGCGAUUCGAGGAGCUCAUCAAGGAGCAGCCCGAGCUGAAGGCGCGGAACCACAAGGCGCCGUUUCUCGCGAAUCAAAAAGAGCUCCACGACGUGACGUUCGAGCUCAGGGACACCACGGAGGAGCUGUGCAAGCGCCUGAAAGAAAACCCGGACGUCAUGGAUAACAUCGCGUUCGCGGAGCGCGAGCGCGCGAAGCUCCAGGGGAUCAUCGCGAACCUUUUAGUCGACUUGCAGACGGGAACGUUUUGCAGCAUGACGAAGUGGAUCGAAGACGAAAAGAAACGCGAGCGCGAAAUCAAGGAGACGUACGAGCGCGUCGCCGCGAAGGAGGCCGCGGUCGCGGAGCUGCGACAGAGGAUAAUAGACGAGCGCGAGCAGCACGCGGAGGCGAUGAAGCAGAGAGAGGCGACGAUCGGCGAGACGAAGGAGAAGCUCAAGACGGCCAAGGCGGAGAUCGGCGUCGACCUGCGGUACAGGAUGCGCGACAUCGAGGGCGAGGCCUCGAUGCGGGACAAGGUGAACGAUCAGGCGCUGGACGACCUGAGAGCGGAGAUCGAGAAGGUCAAGAAGCAGAUCGCGCAGGAGAAACAGGCGCACAAGACGACGAUGCAUCACUUGCGGAAACGCGUGGAAAAGUCAAACGAGACGCUGGCGCAUUGGCAAGAGAAGCACAAGAGGGACAGCGAGAAGAUGGAGACGGAGAUUUUGAAGGUGAAGCACAAGCACGAGGAGACGCUCGCGAAGAUCAAAGAGAUCGAGCCCGCGUAUCUGAAGAAGAAAGCCGAGGACGACGAGAAGGAACGGCAGAGAGUGAUUUGGGAGUCCACGGUGAAGGAGAGAGAGAAGAAGGCCAUCACGCACGCGCGCGCGCGGGGGAACUGGCAGCUCGGUCUCGACGCGAUCGCCGCGUUCAAGGCGGAGGGGAAGCCGCUCCCGGGGGCGAAGAAGGAUAAGAAGGGAGGGAAGGGGAAGGGGGACAAGAAGGGAGGGAAGAAGGGAAAGAAGAAGUAGUCGUCCGCCAACAGCCCUGAAUACCGAUAGACCCGAAAGACCCGUCAUCAAAA